AUGAUGUCCAUCGCCGUCAGCGACGCGCACCGCACUUUCGUCCUCCCCCCCCCCGUGGCGACGUCAUCGAGCGUCACCGACCCACCGCUCGUCUCCGACGUCGCCUCGUUCUCGUCCUCCCCCGCCGUCGUCGCGUCGCCUUCGAUCGCCCUCGCCUUCGCCUCCCACUUCCCACCCCCGUCCUCGCUCGGUUUCGCCCCGAUGUGCGUCAUCGCGUCUCGUUUCAAAUCAUCCCUUCGCGUCGACGCGUACCGCAUCCUCGUCCGUCGCGCCGUCGUCGCGGUGUGGCCGUCCAGCCGUCGCCCGUCCGUCCGUCUCGUCCCGUCUCGGGACGCGAAUCGCCGGAUCGGCGAAUCGCCGGAUCGCGCGAUCGGCGGAUCGGCGGAUCGGCGAUCGCGCGAUCGAUCGUCCGUCGAUCGCGCGAUCGCGUCGAUCGAUCGAUCGUCGAUCGACGUCCGUCGACGGACGUCGAUCGUCGAUCGUCCCGCCCGGCGCGUCGAUCGUCCCGCCCGCACAAUGACGUCGUCCGCGUCGGCGAUGUUUGCGCACGCGACGACGGGCGCGCGCGGCGCGUCGACGGUGCGCGCGCGCGCGAGGACGUCGGUGACGACGACGGGCGCGCGCGCGACGAUCGCGCGCGGCGCCGGGGCGCGGCGAAGCGCGCGCGCGACGGCCGAGGACGGGCGCCGCGAUGGAGGGUUUCGUCUCGGGACGGCGACGACGGACGGAUGGGCGCGAGCGCGCGCGAUGCGCGGCGAGGGACGAGAGGACAGAGCGGUGAUGACGCGCGCGGUGGCGGACGCGGAGGCGGCGCGGGAGGACGACGAUAAAAAGUCGCGCGCGAAGCUCGUGCGAGGGGCGGACGGGAAGUUUUACCGCGAGGGCUCGGAGGGCGGCGGUCGCGGCGGCCGCGGCGGUCGCGGCGGUCGCGGCGGUGGACGCGGUGGUGGACGCGAAGGUGGACGAGGUGGAUUCGGGCGCGGUGCGCGCGGUGGUGCAGGCGGCCGCGGCGAUGGGGGUCAACGAAACUUUAGAAACGCGGCCAAGCCGAGCGGCGGCGGUCGCGCGGGUCGCGGCGGCCGCGGUGGACGACAAGACUUUCGAUUCCAAGACGGUCGCAAACCGGGACGCGGCGGUAGACCAAAGAUGAAUAUGAGUGGUGCGAGUGGUAGCGAUCAAGUGAAACAGCGACGAGGAAGCAAAGCGGCAAAGAGCGCGCAGCGCAAAAAGGCGCUCGAGGAAAACAGAGCCGUGGCUGUGGAGAUUCUCGAAGUUCCCACGGAUGGCAUGGCGAUCGAAGAUCUCACCGAACUUCUCGCCACGACGCAAGCGCAAAUUAUCAAAACGCUUUUCAUGAAGGGUAUCGCGGUUCAAAUGGGCCAGUUGCUCGAUAAGGAAGCUGUGAUUGCCGUGGCUGAGGAUAUGGAAGUGGAAUGGAUAGACGAGGCUGAACAGGGCGUCGCGACGGCGGCAAAGAAGGUGACGCAGUUCUUGAGCGAAGACGACUUCGACUACUUGGUACCGCGAGCACCCGUAGUUACCAUCAUGGGUCACGUCGAUCACGGUAAAACAUCGCUGUUGGAUUACAUUCACAAGUCCAAGGUUGCCGCGGGCGAGUCCGGCGGCAUCACGCAAGGCAUCGGCGCGUACCAAGUCAGCACCAUGGUUGGUGAUGAAGAGAAGGAUAUUACCUUCCUCGACACUCCGGGUCACGAAGCGUUCAGUGCGAUGCGUGCUCGUGGUGCGCGAGUGACGGAUAUUGCCAUAAUUAUCGUCGCGGCCGACGACGGCGUUCGACCGCAAACGGAAGAGGCUGUAUCUCACGCCCGAGCCGCCGACGUUCCGAUCAUCGUCGCCGUCAAUAAAAUUGACAAAGAAGGCGCGAACGUCGACCGUGUGCGUGAUGAACUAUCGCGCAUCGGUAUCAUCAGCGAAGAGUGGGGCGGGGACGUUCCGUUCCUGCCCAUCAGCGCCAAGUCUGGCGAAGGUAUCGACGAGUUGCUCGAAACUAUUUCUCUCACCGCCGAGCUCGCCGAGCUCGUCGCGAAUCCCGAUCGCGAAGCUCAAGGUACGGUCAUCGAGGCAUUCCUCGACAAACAACGUGGUCCGAUGGCGACUGUUCUCGUCCAAGCCGGCACUUUGCGCAUCGGCGAUGCGAUUCAAAUUGGUGGCGCGUAUGGCAAAGUGCGCGCAAUGGACGACGCAGAUGGCACCAAAGUCGAAGAGGCUGGACCAUCUAUGCCUAUUCAAAUCAUGGGCCUCAACGGCGUUCCAGCCGCGGGUGAAGAAUUUACCGUCUACGCGUCCGAUACCGCGGCUCGUGACAAGGCUGAGCAAGUCCAAAAUGAGAUUCGCAACAACCGCUUGAUUGAGGGCAACGUUGUUUCGCUGAGCAACUUGCCGGGCGAUGAGGAUGGAUUACAAAAGAUCAAUCUCAUCGUCAAAACAGACGUUAGUGGUUCUUGCGAAGCAGUCAAGGCUGCUCUCAGUGCGUUGCCUCAAGACCGCGUCCAGCUUCGUUUCCUCAUGGCCUCUGCAGGCGAAGUGAGCGAGAGCGACGUCGAUUUGGCUUCUGCCUCCGAAGGGAUCAUCUUGGCUUUCAAUACGCCUUGCAGCGACCGAAUCGGCGAGAUUGCGAAAAAGAGGAAGGUUGAAGUACGUACUUACGACGUUAUCUACGAUCUGGUCGAUGAAGUUCGUGCGGCAAUGGAAGGCAUGUUGAGUUCGAUCAAGGAAGAAAUACCGUUUGGCAAGGCGACGUGUAAGGCUGUCUUUGGCGGCGGUAAGGCGAAGGUUGCCGGUUGCGAGGUGACUGACGGUUACUUCCAGUCCAAAAAGUACUUGAGAGUCACUAGAAGGGGCAAAGAAGUGUUCUUCGGUAAGGUCGGCUCACUUCGUCGCGUCAAGGAUAUCGUCAAGAAGGUUGAGGCUGGCUUAGAAUGCGGUAUCGGCGCCGAUCCCGAGUGGGACGGCUUCAAAGCGGGCGACGAACUGGAGUGCUUGGACUUGGUCGAUAAGAUUCAAACACUCGAAACUGCGAGUGAAAUUUUGGCAGAACGUGUUGAAGAAUACCAAGCUGGUGAGGCCGAGCGUGAAGCCGCGCGAGAAAAGGCCAAGGAAGGUUACCAGCGACAACAACGACGGGCCGCUCCGUCAAAGUAGAGUGCAUGUGCGACAUAGAUAAAAUCAAGUUGAACGAAUGUGUAUAACUAAAACCAACCAUUUUUUACAAC